CGUCAUACAGUCAUAUGGCGGCCCUCUUGCGCUUUCUGCCAAGCGGCCAAAGUCAACGCGAAACCCAAGAAAACGUUGGAAACUUGUCGUGAAAACAGUCGGCGUACGCCCAGGAAGACACUGAUGUCUGUUGCCGAGCAGCUAGAAACGUAGAAACAACACGCAAUCGGGGUAAAUCGGUAAUCAUGAGCGUCCCAAGUCAGCGCUCCUACAUGAUUUUAGUGAGAUGACGAGGUUUUCCCGAUGCUGUUUCGGUCUUGAGACAGAUAACGUCGUUGUAUUUGGAUACUUUACGAAGAAAUGCAUUCAUAUAGCGUGAUCGUAUGCCACGACAAGUUGCUCUCUUCGGCGGUCGUCGUCGUCUUAGCUGUCUCAGCGGCGUGCGUCUUGUGGCUGGGCGUACUCUCGGGAGUGACUGUGAUAUGUUCCUUCGUAUGUGGCUGCGUCUGGAUGCGCCUUCUCAAGCACGGACACUUCGAAGUCCCGGACUUGUUCGUAACGAGGAAGCGCACGGAAAAGAAGGGACCGAGGCGCCGUUUCUGCGAUGUUACCGGUGCCGCAGCAGAUGAGUACGCUCUCUUUCCGUGGAAGGACCUCAAAGUGCCCAAGGAAGUUGACCAGGCGCUCGAGUCUUUCCUUAACGGAAUUCUGCGCGAAUACGUGCACAUUUGGUUUCGAGGCGUCAGCGGCGAUCAAGCAUUCGUCCAUGAGCUGCGUCUCGUGCUUCGUCACCUGUUGGCCGCCUUGUGCCGGCGCGCUACAGACGUCGAUCUAGUACGCUUCAUCACGGGACCCGUGGCGCAGGCCGCACUAUCUCACCUGGAUGCGAUCCUCAGGUCUCGCGUUGUGCUCACCGACGCUACCGACCAAGGCCGGCUGGUAUUGAGCAGCAUGGGAUCGCAAGUGCACGUUGCUGUCGGAAGUCGCGAAGCGGAGCUUCAGUACUUGAGGCUCUUGUCAGAAAGCCUCGUGUUGCGACUACUACCGGCGCGCUAUCACAAGUGCAAAAGCGCUUGCACCCUUCUACGUGAACUCGGGAAUACCGUCCUCCUCAAAGCGAUGGACGUGAUCGCGGACCCGGACAUUGUGAAUCACCUUCUGCUGCUUUUUCUAGACAAGGCGCCAAUGACUAUCCUUCCAGCUCGACUGUCAGCCGUGGAAUUCUUGGAGCACUUUGUGAAAACGCCACUGUCGCCAUUCUCGCGGUAUCUACAAUCCCGUGAUCUCCAGUCAGUGCUUGGCGAUUCCGAAACGCAUUCCUCAUUCCUGAAGUUCCUUCGAGACCAAGGCUCACUGCACCUUUACGAUUUUUACAGCGCGCUUGACGACUUUCAUUUGCGGAUACUGAAUCCCGAACACGCUGAUGAUCGGCUUGAAUUGCAUGACCAAGCAAACGAGAUUUAUGGUGAAUACAUGGCAGAGGAUGCUCCCCGAAGGGUUCCUCUUGCUCCAGGGACGGCUGAAAAGAUACACGCCAUUCUGCAACGAGGUCCUGAUGAAAUCGUCGAGCUACAAAAAUCUCCUUUGCUCUAUGCAGCUUCGGACGGGGUGUACUCGCUUCUUGAUGAAGUCUUCUGUCCACUGUUUUUCGAAAGUGACAAGUACUUUGAGCUUGUUUGCAAGGCGCGGGCCAUCGCUCAAGUGCAAAAAGGCCAAGACAGAGGCCAAGACUCUGGGAAGAGUUGGAGCGUUGCAAAACUUGGUCACAAACUUAAGGAUGCUUUCUGGGUCACUGCUGAUGAUGGCCUGGAAGAAGAUGCUCCACAGGAGGCCAUACAUUGUGCUGAAGAACCACAGGUGCCGGAAGUUCCGUUAAUUGCAAAUGACUCGAGGCUAAAAGACUUGACUGCAUGGAGGGUCUCCAUUCCUCGGACUGAGUCUAGAGUUGACAUGCAGCACAGGCACUAUGUCGCAUUCGUGGUGGAAGUUCAGCGCAUCGAUGUUGGAAAUGGAGAUAGUCCAGAAGAUUUGCACUGGUCAGUUGUACGAAGGCAUCACGAGUUCUACGUACUCGAAGCAAAGCUUCUGGAGUUCCACGGAGAGCUUGCAGUCACACCACUGCCACCCCGUAGGUCACCAGCCAGACAACAGUUGCAGGCAUGUCGCAUCGUGCUUGAAAAGUACCUCCAGGACCUACUUACUUUGCCACCUCUGCGAAGUUCCGAGUUGCUGUACAGUUUUCUCCGCCAUGACGUAGAGUUCACUGCCAGCUUCCUGCCCGACAUCCGCCUCGGAAAGAUGUUUCGCACUGUGCCAAUGCGGCUUCUCAAGGAAAAGGGACAGCAUUUGGAGCCAUUUCUGCAAUCAUUCCUCGCGUCCACGCAACAGGCACCGCCGCGUCCACGUCCUGACCUUCUGGAUACGCCCAGAAGGCACGUGCGGACACAGCGCGCGCCUCUGCAGCAAAAGAACAGGCAGGGCCCGCCACGGUCAUCCUCUCAACUCUGUGCACCGAGCAACACCAUGGAGUUUGUGUACGACUACGGUGUUCACCUCGCUGACGUUCUCUUCCAUGCUGCACCAUGGCUCUUGAGGCUUCUCCGAGCUCUGGUUCCUCUCCUGCGAUGCUCGGUCCAGGGAGUGACUGAACGUUAUCUGGAAGGCAAGCUAAAACAAGCUCUUGCUCCGGGUCGGCUGACACUCAUUAUUAACUUACUCAGUGAGGCAGUGCUGGGCGAAGAUGAACCACCGCGAACCAAGGCACAAAAAUGUGCACGCGCUACAGAGACACACCUCGAAAUGGCGAAGUUCCUUCCGGACAUUUUGGUGCGCUUGAUUGGCCCUAGGUGUCAUGAGCUAGCUGUGGAGACUGUAUUUCAGGCAGUUCAGCAGCCCUUGCUCAAUAAGCAGAUCUCUUAUGUGCUACUUGACCUUCUGGUUGAGGAGAUGUUUCCUGAAAUGAAGGGAUGGGCUGCAUAAAAAAAAAAGGAGCAGAAGGCAACAUUCCUUUAAUUUUUCUAGCCUCAUUGUGCUGUCUAGUCGUCUUAUGUUGCUUGUAUGUGAUGAAAGAAAAAAAAAAGGAAUAUUUUACGUUGGGAUCAGACGGGACUAUAACAUUGGCAAAUACCACCCUGGAGAGGUGAAUGUUGGGUGUGAUAUGUAUAAAUAUGUGUACUCACUUGUUUUGACGUCGGAAAGACGAUCUCGGGAUCACUUCUGUCAGAUGAUAGGUGCCAUUUGUGAAUAGUGUCACUUUUAGAUUACUGGUCAGCUAUCACAAGCAUAAUCGGCCUUGCAAUGCCUGGAAACUUAAGUCACUGCUUGCAACUGUCUUAGCUUGCAAUCGCCAACAGCAUCCUCGUCAGUUUGCACUUUGCCCCUCUUAGUGAGAACCAUGCCUUGUUGCACAAGUGCUUUCUGUGCCGACUUGAAAGGUGAAAUGCAUUUAUCCUAGGGAAUCCUUGUGUUUGUUUCGGACAUUCCGGAUAACACGUGAUUGUAGAAAAUUUGUUCUGCUUAGAUUUUAGUACUUUAUUACUAGUGUAUGCAAGUGGUGUGAUGACAGUAGCUCUGUAUAGUGGCACUUCCACCAUUGUGUAAGACCUUGUUUAGGUAAUUAGAACUAUAGGUUGUGUUAGUUGAGUAUAACUAUCAACCACGUUGAGAUUUUAAUUGUCACACUGUGUGAAAGCCAGUAGUGGUCAGGGCACAGUGCAAGAAAACAAGGCUUAAAUAUGGAAGUUAUGCUUUGUUAGUUACUUAUGAAUGCUAAUUUAUUGUGUGCUCAUUGUUUUGUGUUAACGUUGCUGUGCAACUAAAUGUAAUAACUAGGUAAAUAAAGGGAUUUCCAAAUGCCUUG